AUAAGUUUUUGACCUUUCUGCCAGACUAACCAUGAGCUCGUUCGUUAUGCAUUAUAAUCCCGAAACCUACAAUACAAGCUCUGCAGCCUCGGACAUGGUAAAUGUUGCAACAACACAAGGUGCUGCCAACAGAGGAUAGGAAUUUUCUCAUGAUGACAUGCAUUGUCGUAAUGCAGAGGUGAUUUGCGCUUGUUUGCGCUGAUGCUUGAAAUGAGUUAAUCAGUGCAGAUUAUACAUGCGCAGUCACGGAACAGGAUCUCUCAGGAAAAUAUAGGAUAUCUCCUGGGUAAUAAAGCCAAAGGGAGGUUUGAACGAUAUGCUGGCAACCUGCGGUUUUUUCUCUCCUCUUAAGCUUCGCUGUUCCCAUUUUGCGCCGUGAUACCAUUUAUCGAUUUUUCAACCUGUCUCCAGUGCCUCUUAAACACCGGAAACCAUAAGAAAAGCAGGUUGUUUGCUGUUAUUCUGUUUCUUAACCGUUCUCAUGAAUAAUAUUGACGACGGCACAGGUUACCAGGUAGUAAAUUCGCACUGCAGCUGGAUAUCCAAUCGUUUCUCCAAAACCCGAAAUUUUUUGAACAACGGUUUAUGCUUAUCCGUACUCAGAGUGUGGCGCCUUAUUGCCAACGUUGCAUAAUUAAGCGGUACAGGUGUUGUUUUGGAUGAAAUUUAAAUCAUAUAACGCUCAAGUGGUGUCCACGUGUUAGCGUGGUGAAAGGUUUUUGGAGUAUUCAUCUUUUUGCCUCGUUUCCGGCAAAAUCUACUGUAUUAUUACACGUGAGACUCGUGCUCUGUCUUACGAUUGAUACCGUAGAAAAUGGAUUGGAGAUCAAAUAUUGAUCAUGAUCAUCCGGCAUUUUUUCAGCCUAAUUUUUCGAUGGACGCGCAGUGUCAUUUAGAAGGAUAUUCGGCUGGGUUCGGCAAUGAUGGAGUGAAUGCCCACGCUAGUAAUUCGACAAAGUACUCAAGAAUGGAAGAAGUGGAAAGUAUUCAGGAUAAAGAGCGAUAUGCUCGUGAGAAUCACAGCGAGAUUGAACGCCGACGUAGGAAUAAAAUGACAGCAUACAUCACCGAAUUGUCCGACAUGGUCCCUACCUGUUCUGCUUUGGCUCGCAAGCCGGAUAAGCUGACCAUUUUAAGAAUGGCGGUGGCUCACAUGAAAACAUUGCGAGGGACCGGAAAUACAGACGGAAACAACUACAAACCGUCAUUCUUGACAGAUCAGGAAUUAAAACACCUCAUUCUUGAAGCGGCAGAUGGUUUUCUAUUUAUCGUGGCGUGCGAUCCAGAAGCGCAUAUCAUGUACUUGUCAGAUUCCACUACUGCCGUCCUGAAUCAGCCUUACGCAGAAUGGACGGGUGCCUCCUUCUUCGAUCUGAUACAUCCCGAAGACCAUGAAAAGGUCAGGGAGCAGCUCCAAAGCCAGGAAUCUCAGACAUCCGGCCGAAUCUUGGAUCUGAAAACUGGGACAAUCAGAAAAGAAGGCCACCAGUCAUCCAUGCGCGUUCAAAUGGGAUCCCGUCGCUCAUUUAUUUGCCGUAUGUUAGUGGGUAAUGCCACUCCGGAUGCCAUGUACCUGAAUUCCCGACACUAUUACCGCAUGCGUCAUCGAGCCUCAUUGGGGCCCAGCGCCGAUGGACGGCAUUACGUGGUUGUGCAUUGUUCCGGCUAUGUGAAAAAUUGGUCUGGUCCGGGCGGCAACAGUCAGCGCGAAGCGGCUGCAGACAUGGAUGAACCGAGUACAUCGAGCGGCCAGAACCAGUCCAGCGGAAAUUGUGUCCUUGUUGCGAUUGGCCGAUUGCAGAUGACCAGUAUUCCGAAUACAUCAGAUCUGGAUGACAACACCAUGCCUUACGAGUUUGUUACUCGUCAUUCGGCCGAUGGCAAUACUCUUUUUGUCGAUCCAAGAAUAACUCCGAUUUUGCAAUUUUUGCCUACCGAUGUUUUGGGCAAGCCAUUGCUGGACAUGGUACAUCCGGAAGACCAAAAGGAGCUUGCAGAAUGUUUCGAUAUGGCACUGAAAGCGAAAGGUCAGCCGGCACAGAAGGUUAUACGCUUCAAAACGAAAAACGGCGACUAUGAUUUGCUUCGGAGCGUUAUGUAUGCAUUUUUAAACCCUUAUUCCGAUGAACUGGAAUUCGUUGUGGGCACUCAUUCAUCCGUGAAGGCCCUUCAACAACAGGAAACAAUGAACAAUGCUGUUAUGGCUGGCGUGGGCCCGACUAUGGAUCAUUCGGUUCACACGGCUGAUCAUUCCGGUUCCUACGCAGGGCACGACACAUCAGCAUCUUCGUCUAUGAUGCCCAGCACAUCGGGAUCUCGUGCAAAACCAUAUUGUUCUUCAUCACCCUCAGUCCAGUCCGCUAACUCCAGUCUGCCACGGAGUGCCAACAACCACGGAUCAAUAUACGGUCAUUCCAGCACUCAUGCGACUGCUGGCACUUCCCGCGCGAGCAACAGUGCUGUCUACAUGCCAUCCAGUAGCUACCAAGCCGACACGGCUUACCCUGCGUUGCCAUUGGCAUCGCAAGCCAACGUGGCACCAGCUGCAUGGCCCAGCGUACCACGGUACGACGGUACGGAGGCGGCCGGAUUUUCCCAGCCAGGUCAUUCCGCCUACUCCAACAUGGUAUCCUCCUCGCUGUACCCGUCUUCGGUGCCAGGACAUGCCCCAUUCGCCCAGGUAUCCGGUCGGAGUUACACCGGGGUCUGGCCGCAGCAGCAGGCCUGGAAUAGCCUCCCAACUGGUGAUGCGCAUAUCCAGCCCAGCAGCAGUGCCAGCACUAGUGGCAGCCAUCCUCUGCAGACCGGCGAAGAUAUGGCCGACUACUAUCGAAAUAUGCAUGUGUAUGAUCCUAGCAGUGUGCAGGAUAUGUCGACUGCAUACAAUCAUUAUCCCGAUCAACAUUUAUAACAUGGUGAAUCUCUCUCACGGCAUUAUCAUGUAUUAUGUACGUUGUAGCAUUCCGUUUUUGUUGAAUUUACUGUCCUUUAUGCAGAACAGGCAGCGCUUAUGUUAGCCUGUGUACAAUACAUUGUACAGUAAAUGCGUUCUUCUCUUUUGUUAACAGAUCUGCUCUUAUUAUGGUGUUUUUGUUGUGUGUACGUAAAGGGCAGUGUAAUUUCGUACUCUACUAAUUCUUUCAUUUUGAAUCUUUUUUUUAUUGCGUUGUCUGUUUUCUGCGCUGCGUAUUCGAUGUUACUCUACGGGCUAUUUGCAGUUUUGCUUCAAAAAAAUACAAUCAUAU